AGGGACAAGUAAAAUUGAACGUAAUUUAGAUGUUCUCUUUUUUACCUUAGCCAAAUAAAUUUGGAACUUGUUGUUUCAAGUGGGAGAAGAGGACAUCCAAUAUUGUGGAAGUUGCGGGUUGGUAAUUGGCAGAUCUGGGGAAAAUUCAGUGGUUCCCGGCUCUACUUAACGCCGGGAAAUCAGUGAAUAUGGUUGGGGCAAAAAUCGUGAUUAUAUUUGAUUUUGAUCGGACUCUCAUUGACGCCGACAGCGAUAGAUGGGUCGUGGAGAAUAUGGGUCUAACCCAUUUGUUCAACCAGCUCCGACCAACUUUACCUUGGAAUGCUCUCAUGGAUAGGAUGAUGGAGGAGCUACAUUCAGAGGGUAAAACUGUUGAGCAGAUAGCUGAAUGUUUGAAGGACGUUCCGUUGCAUCCUCACACAAUUUCAGCCAUACAAUCAGCUCAUGAUCUUGGAUGUAACUUAAAAGUAGUUAGUGAUGCGAAUGAGUUUUAUAUCGAGACUAUAUUGAAACAUCACGGAUUAGAGAGAUAUUUCUCGAAGGUGAUUACUAACCCAAUAUCAGUAGAUGGAGAAGGUAGAUUGAGGAUCUUUCCAUACCAUAUGGCGUCUUGUAAUCUAUGCCCUCCUAACUUAUGCAAGGGUCUUGUUAUUGAGCAGAUCCAAGCUUCCUUGAGUGAGAAAGGGAAAUCAAGAUUCAUAUAUCUUGGAGAUGGGAGAGGUGAUUACUGCCCAACGUUGAAGCUCGAUAAAGGAGACCAUGUAAUGCCAAGGAAGGGCUUUCCAUUGUCGGAUCACCUGCUAAGUGAUCCAAAUCUUUUGAAAGCAGACUCUCAUGAAUGGAGCAAUGGGCAAGAACUUGAAAGCAUCCUACUCCAGCUUAUUGAAAAACUAUACAAGGAAUAGAACAUUUGAAUUGUCACUGUAUAUCUCCCUCCAACAUUUUCCAGGUUGAGGCCAGCCUGUAGGUUCGUGCACUAAAUUGGUAUCUGUUCAUUUAAGCUUUAUAAGUGGUUUUGGUCUAUUGGAGCACUGUGCUUCAAGGCUCAAGUUGGGGUUGGCGCUUCAGUCUGGAUGAUAACAGUACCACAACAACUGUGCCUUGGUUCCAAACAAAUCCAUGUUAUGAAUUUUAAUUGACCAUGUUAAUUCAUUUAAACUCAUGCUAGUAUAAUAUACGUGUUUUGUACGUGUGUAUUGUUAGGGCUGACAAUUUUAGUUCAUAUAAGUGAAAUGAAACCAUUUUGUCCAUAUUAAAUUAAAUGGAUCA